AUGAAGGCGUCCUGCUUCCUGGUCGUGCUUCUACUCGCCAUCGCCACGGAGAGCAGGCUCUCGCUCGCCGCCCGCGAGGGCAGCACCCUGGGCGGCGAGCUCGGCGAGCUCAUCGCCAAGGCGGGCAGCUUCCUCACAUCGGCUGGCCGCGCGGGGGCGGACGGCUGGCACUCCGCCGCGGCCGCGGAGGUGGACGCCUCGGCGAAGAAGGGGCACGGCCAUCCGGCGGGGCCGAGAAAGCGUCUGAAGAAGUCGUCGGUGAACUGCAUCCCCGCCGACAUGUGCCGGAGGAAGAAGGUGCUGUGCGGCAAGCGGUGCUACAAGACGUCGCACGCCGCCGGCGCCGGCCUCGACCACGUCCCCUCCAACCGGUGCGUCGUCAGGUGCAAGAAGUGCGUGCCCACCUGCUAG